AACGCAUUAUACGGCCCACCAACGCCCCCUUGCUUCUCCCGAGCGGCUCUUCUCGUUCUCGGAUUCGGCGAGCGCCGCCGCCGGUGACCAGAGCACAGCCGGCCAUCAGCUGCUCAAGCGCAAAUCGAUCGAUCGAGUAGAGCCAGAGCCCCCUACCCACACAAGCAAAAAAAAGCAUCAAAUGCGAGUUCGAUUUGAGAGCCCAGAUUUUUCUCGGGACUAAGCUCCUGCUCGCUGACGGCCAAUCCCCCGACCGCGUCUUUUCGCUUAGGAGGAUCGACACAGCUUGUCUUACCAUCCCCCACAAUCCUACAGCAAGGUCAUCAUCUGGAUCGAUUGUGGUGAUUGAUCUCUGGAACAUAAGGAUGGCAGCCAUCCUGCCUAGAACCGUCCGCAGCGCGGCGGAGGCGGCACAAUCACUGCGCGGCGCCGGUCACCUUGCGCGGUCCCUGGGCGGCGUCUCCGCUGCUUGCAGCAAUGCUGGCACGGCUUCGGUGGAGUUCGUGCCGUGGCACAAUGGCGGGGGCAUCCUGCACAGGACGGCCUCCGUUGACCCCACCGCUGUAGUGGAGGUCGGCGCCUUCGUGCACUCCGGUGCUGUCCUUGGUAAAGAGGUCGUUGUUGGUUCUGGAGCCGUCGUUGGGCCUUCAGUGUCCAUCGGGCAGUCAACUAGGAUCGGGUACAACGUUGUCUUAAGCAAUUGCUCAGUGGGUGAAUUCUGUACGAUCCACAAUGGAGCCUGUAUUGGUCAAGAUGGUUUUGGAUUUUUUGUGGAUGAGGAUGGACAGGUUAAGAAGAAGCCACAGAUGCUGAAUGCAAGAAUCGGAGACCAUGUAGAAAUAGGCUCAAACACAUGCAUUGACAGAGGCAGUUGGAGAGAGACAUUGAUUGGAGAUCAUACCAAGAUUGAUAAUCUAGUUCAGAUAGGUCACAAUGUAGUCAUUGGAAAGUACUGCAUGAUUUGUGGGCAAGUAGGGAUUGCUGGUUCUGCCAUGCUGGGGGACUAUAUUACAUUGGGUGGUAGGGUGGCAAUUCGGGACCACGUCUCAAUUGUUUCAAAGGUUCGUCUUGCAGCAAAUAGCUCGGUGACAAAGGAUAUUCAGAAGCCUGGUGACUAUGGUGGAUUCCCUGCUGUACCGAUAAAUGAUUGGCGCCGGCAAACUGCAAACUUGCGCUUGUUCUCAAAGAAGGAUGGUGCGAAGAGAUAGCGUCCAGCAAUCCACCCGUGCCAAACGUUUUCCCUGGCUGAGGUUGUACUUGUCCAGUGUUGUAUCUCAUUUUGACAGAGUUGUGUGUAUUUGGCUUGGUUAGGAUUUAGGGUAUAGGGUUUGGGUCAAGGUUCAGACCAGAUCACCUGUACUGCAAAACGAGGGGAUAAUUUGUUUUCAACAUUUCAGUUAUACAAUGGCCAGUGAAUGAUUUUCAUUGCGA